CGUAGGGUGAGAAGUUAAUUGUUGAAUUAGGUGGCUGGCCGACCUCUCAUCAUGGAAUCAAAUUCUCCUACAUUUACUGUACCCGCCACAAUUCAAAAUCCCUUCCUUAAUCCUCAGAUAUUAACACUUAAUCCAAAAUUAAUCAAUAAAAUAUCACAAUAAUCUCUCUCUUUCCCUCUUAUCCAAUUAAUCUGCUGUUGCUGCUAUCUAUCAUCUAUUUAAGCUUUGCUUGCUUUCUAAACUAAAACCUCUCAAAAUUUACGCUAACAGGCAACAGAAUUAGCUACCUAGCUUCCCUCCAAACAUCUGACUUGCUUAUAACCCAAGCAAACGUUUUUUUUUUUUAAUUUUUGUUGUUCACCAGUUGAUUCUUGGUCACCAUCUCUAACCCAACUCUCACCUUCCUGUCCUAUUCUUCCCAACCCCUCCAAUCUUAUUACAUGUUUGCUUAAAUACCCAGUUGGGUUUUUCAAAUUUUUAUGUCUGUUUUUUUUAUGAGAUCUUUUUGUUUCAUGUUCAAGUCAAAAACUUUGUCAACUAAUUCCCUGUUUUUGUGUUAUUUAUAGAUACCCUUUUGCUUUUUUGAUUAAUGGGUACUGAGAUAUUUUUAGAGACCUUGAUUUUCGCUUAAACGGUUCAAAAUUUUUGAUUUUCGCUUAAACUGGUCCACCCCUAGUGGUGUUUGUACUUUUGCCUCACUGAAUUUACAUGAUCACCCAAAUUUCAUUACAGUAAUACUCAGUUUCUUUUAUUUUCAAUACAAUAUUUGUGAUUCAUCUACUUAGUGGUAACAUACAAUUCAUGCUGCUGUUCACUUGUAUAAGAUCAUGCUAUUGCUUGAUUAUUAAAUCUCUGAGGUGUUCAUAGUAUCUUCAUAUUUGAGCUGCUCAAAGCUCAGUUCUGUAAGUUCAUAUCUUAAAAUACUUACAGAUGAAUACCCGGUUCAUAUCAUUCUCGUCGAAUUCUGCGGUUGGAGAGAAUCAUAGUCCUGUGAGUAUUCGAGCCAGGCCUGCCCGAGCUCCCCCUGCUACUUUUCUGAUAAGAUUGGCAAUGAGAAUAUCGAGAGCGAGGUGGUUUACUUUCUUGAGAAGGGUGUUUCACUAUCAGAAUGGUUCGAGGUCCAAUCUUGGGUCUAAUCCUUUUAAUUCUAGCACUUGGAUGAUGCUCGAGCUUGUAGCUUUGCUUGUUCAAAUUACUAUGACUACGUUCACUGUGGCGAUUUCUAAGAGGGAGAAGCCGGUUUGGCCUAUGCGAAUAUGGAUUGUUGGUUAUGAUAUUGGUUGCCUUCUUAGCUUGCUGCUGCUCUAUGGGCGCUACCGCCAAGUUCAUGUCGCUCAGGGAGAUAGUUUUGGCCUUCCUGAUUUGGAACGUCAAAGAGGAAGUGAGGAUUCUAGAUGCACACAUUUGAUGAACAGAUGCCGGACUUCCCUCGAGCUGUUCUUUGCGAUAUGGUUUGUAAUGGGUAAUGUUUGGGUGUUCGAUUCACGAUUUGGAUCUUUCAACCGAGCUCCAAAACUCCAUGUGCUCUGCAUCUCUCUGCUUGCUUGGAAUGCUGUGUGCUACUCAUUUCCAUUUCUUCUGUUUCUGCUGCUAUGCUGUUGUGUGCCACUCAUUAGCAGCGUCCUCGGAUACAAUAUGCAAAUGGGAUCAGCUGAAAGAGGAGCAUCUGAUGAUCAAAUCUCCAGUCUUCCAAGCUGGAAAUAUAAAGCAGGUGACACCAAUUCAGAAGAUGACAAUGAUGUUGAUUGCAAUUCAACCCUCGUCGCAAAUGAUGACCCGGAAUGCUGUAUUUGCCUGGCCAAGUACAAAGACAAGGAAGAAGUGAGGCAGUUGCCAUGUUCGCACAUGUUUCACCUCAAAUGUGUAGAUCAAUGGCUCAGAAUUAUAUCUUGCUGCCCUCUCUGCAAGCAAGAAUUGGAGAGAUAACAAGUUUUCUAUUAGGUUUUGUUCUAUUUUUCUUUUAGUAUGUAUGUUUUUGAAUGAAAUUAUAGUGGUUACUUGAGUGAGUGAUUUGCUUGUACAUUGAAGCUCACCAGUAAUCUAUACGCAAUAGAGUUGUUUAUGCAUUUUGUUAGAUAGUUUGAAAGAGAGAUACAUGUAAAUGAUUUUUAUACAUAGUUUUAAAAAAUUGAUGAUUGAUGUA